AAACCGCGCACGCGGAUGGCGUUUGGGUUCAUAGUGUGAGUACUAACUACACGUUUUCCGUAACAGACCACCUGGCGCUGGUACAUGGCUUCUAGUUCCGGAAAGCCAGCCGAGAAUUUCGAUUGGAAUGUAGAUACGGAGGUGCAGUUGUUUCACGCAAUGAAAGGUCAUAAACCAGUAGGUGUCAACAGGUACUUUCAUAUGGCGUGCAUCCUCGAGAAAUUCAGCGCAUCUCUAAACAAAGACAUAUCUUCGCAGACGAUAUGGGAGCACCUCGACACUAUGUAUGACAUGGCGGCUUUGCACGAGUCGGAAAUUAUUCCAUUUCCUAACUAUGACAAUGAGUUUGUGCUGCCUGAUAAUGACUUCGGAGACCUGAUGUCCAGCAGACCAGGAUCCAGCAAAAGAGCUCCAUCACCUGCUGCCAGAUCCUCCACGGGUGGCGAAGUGCGCGGUGAUGACUGUUCAGCAUCCAAGAAGCCUGAAGCCACCGGUGGCAAGACGGGCAAAGAUGACUGGAAUGCAGCCAAGGUGCCCAGUGCUGGUGUCAAAAUAAGGCGUGGUGAAGGAGAGCCAGCUUCCAG